AUGAGAGGAUCAGCACGGUUUCAUACCUGGAAAAGCCUGGCGAACGCAGUCUUAGUGGUGGCCGACGCGGUGGAGGCUGCGGACAACCGGGGGGGGGGAGACUGGUUCCUCCUCAUGGUUGACUUCCAGAAGGCAUAUGACACGGUGGCGAGACCAUAUCUCUUCGAGACGAUGGGCAAACUGGGCAUACCGGAGGAAUUCAUUCGGUGGACCGAGGGGCUGCAUCAUAGCUCCGGGACGAGAAUGGCAAUCAACGGCUGGAUAGGGGAGAGAGUGGAGAUGCAGAGAGGUGUGCGGCAAGGCGGUUUCCUGGGCCCGUACCUCUUCCUGUGCUGUGCGCAAAUUUACCCGUCGCCGGAGGAGCUCUGGAAGCACAUCCAGAAGACGUGCGACAACUACAUCUCCAGCGGGCAGACCACGGGAGACAAGCUUUUUGUGCUGUGGAGUGGGGAGUUGGUGCGCUUGCCAAAGAACGAAGGGGGACUGGGGCUGAUAGACCCCAAAACAAGGAUCGACAGCAUGGCGGUCAGGAUUGCCGGGAAGCUGAUCCCGGAGAACAACGCCACAAAGCGGUGGUUUGCGGAGAGGGCAGCGGCAUUACCUCAAGGAGUGGCGACGCUCUUCGCGGACCCAUCGGCAGCGAAGCAUUGGCCGGGAGGCAGCCAGCGAUGGAAGGCAGCGGUUGAGGCAUUCUGGGAGUCCCCGUACGCGGAGCUGCCGGAGCCGAAAACCAGUUGGGAGGUGGAGCAAGCGAUGGUGUGUUUCAACCGCAAAGUAAUGUUCAAGGGGAAGAGCCUGUAUGGGAACCAGCAGGGCACAGAAGAGAUCGGAACGGCAAGCUUUGGCGUCCUGGUGGAGGAAGGGCCGGGAAGGGAGCGCGUAGUGAAGAGCAAAGAAACGCUGAGAACGGAACUAGGGGGCAUAGUGGCAGCUAGGUGGGCACUGAUGGCAUACGCGGCGAUGUUGGAGGAGUGGAAAACGAUGGUCACGGCAAGCAAAUCAGCGGAGGCGGUGGCAGCGGCCGCGGAUGUAGUAAGGUCAUUCCUCUCGCUGACUCAGGAGCACCUAUACUGGAAGGUGGCUGGGGUGCAAGACAGCAAACACGUGGAACUUUUGAGCAUAAGGUGCAGGAAAGACGGAAAUCUGGAAGAGUGGAGUAGAUCAAAUAAGGCGGUUUUCGAUGUCAAGAGGGUGGAACAGGUGGCAGUCAGAGGAGGCAGAGUCCUGGGGGCGCUAGGAGCGCCGCUGACGAGGCUACGACAAUCGGACAUACUAGACGUUGAAGGGCUUGUCGGCGAAGGCGAAGGUGAUUCGGCGAGCACUUAUGGGCCCGACAACAGCAUUAGGGAAACGAAGCGAGUGGGAGGAAAGAUGGGAGAAGAAGAUCGACUGGAAGAAGGCGGAAAGAAGACGGGAAUUUUUGGUAGUGCCUGUUAG